UGUAUUAUUAAGAAAAUUCUCAAAAUUCAGGUUUUGGGGAUUUUUAUUUAUUUAAAUGUAUUUUAAUCUUUCAGGUAAAAAGUAGGCAAAGAAAAUCAAAAUUGAAACUGGGGAUUCUUCAAUGGCGUCUCUCAGAUUGAAUUUUCCCUGUUAAAUGGUUAAUGAACUGAAGAAGGACAGAGCAACUGUUAGCUAUAGGCAGAGAUGGAAUGUAACAAAGAUGAGGCCAUUAGAGCUAAAGAGCUUGCCGAGAAAAAACUUGCGGAGAUGGACGUUUUUGGGGCCAAAAGAUUUGCGUUGAAGGCUCAAAACUUGUAUCCUGAGCUUGAUGGUCUUUCUCAGUUGCUUGCAACUCUCGACGUGUACAUAUCUGCAGAUAAAAAGAUCAAUGGAGAAGUUGACUGGUACCGGGUGCUUGCUGUUCAACCAUUUGCUGAUGAGGAUACCAUUCGGAAACAUUACAGGAAGCUAGCUCUCGUUCUUCAUCCCGACAAAAAUAAAUCCGUUGGUGCAGAUGGGGCUUUCAAAAUUCUAUCUGAAGCUUGGAAUUUGCUGUCUGAUAAAGUGAAGAGAAUUGCUUAUGACCAGAAACGGAACUUAAGGGGCAGUUAUACUAAUGUUUCACAUGUGAAACCAUCGUCAUCAACGACAACUGGUCGUAACGGUUUUUCCCAAAAUUUCACCAAUGAGAAUAUUUCGAACACCAGUGGUAGGAAUGGUGCUACUUAUUCUAAGCCUACUCCUCGCUCAGCGAGAAUCGAUACCUUUUGGACAACCUGCAACUCUUGUAAGAUGCAUUUCGAGUACUCUCGGGUUUACAUCAACUUAAAUCUUCCUUGUAUCAACUGUCGUACACCCUUUUUUGCUGUUGAAACACCUGCCCCAGCUAUAAACAGCAGUAGCAAAUAUACUUCAUUUUCCGACUUCAUGAAGUUUCGCCAGGUUCAUAAUAAGGGACAAGCAAGAUUUUCUGGUUCAUCUACAAAAAUUUCCCGGAAAGGCCAGUUCCCUAGUUCGGGAAGUAACAUAAAUGUGUCUCAACUGACUUCGACCACUCAAGCUACUGGUGUUGCUAAUGCAGCUAGCGAAACAUUAAAGCGUGGACACAAAGAAACAAAGGCCGAUAUCACGAUAAAGGAAAGCUUGCACAUGAAAUGUCACCCUUCCCAGAAAACUGAUGCAGGUUUAGGUAUGGGAUCUUCAGCUUCGGUUUCUAGUUUUGCAGGAAAGAAACAUAGACCCAAGAGGAGGCGCAUAGAUGAGACCAAGAUGGGAAAUCACUCGGCCAUGGGAAAUGAAGGGGUUAGCAGUUUCGAAAAUAAUGCCGGAAUCUCUAGAACUAAUAGCAUAAAGCAGCCUUCGCCACUGGAAAUACGGAAUAUUUUGAUGGAAUUGGCUAAGAAAGAAAUCAACAAGAAACUAAAUUCAUGGAAGCUGACUUCUCAAUCAGCUGCUUCGGAUAAACCAAAGGCAUUCGACGAGGGCUUUAGUGGUAACAAUGAAGGAAAUGAAACAGGUGCUUUGACUAUGAAACCCGAUGCACACAAAUCUGUGGAGUUUGUUGAUAUCAAGUCUAGUGUUCAGCCCAAAAUGUCUUGCUCUGUUGAUACCGAUCUUGAUCCUGCUACAGAGGAACCUGAUCCAAUGUCCAUGAAUGUUCCAGAUCCCGAUUUUCAUGAUUUUGAUCAGGAUCGUACUGAAAAGUCAUUCGGUGAGAACCAGGUUUGGGCUGCUUAUGAUGAUGAUGAUGGGAUGCCUCGUUAUUAUGCAAUGAUUCAUGGUGUGAUAUCAUUAAAACCGUUCAAAAUACGGAUGAGUUGGCUUAAUUCUAAAAGCAAUGCAGAACUAGCUCCGUUAAACUGGAUUGGUUCGGGCUUUUACAAAACUAGUGGGGAUUUCUGGAUAGGCAAAUAUGAAGUUAAUAAGUCUCUUAACUCGUUUUCGCACAAAGUGAAGUGGUCGAAAGGCCGGAAAGGAGCAAUCCAAAUAUAUCCAAGGAAGGGAGAUGUUUGGGCUCUUUAUAGGAACUGGUCUGCUGAUUGGAAUGAACUUACACCUGAUGAAGUGAUACACAGAUACGACAUGGUUGAGGUUCUCGAAGAUUACAAUGAACAAAAGGGUGUUGCUGUUGUACCACUUGUUAAGGUGCCUGGGUUCAAGACAGUGUUUAGGAAGCAUUUUGAACAAAGUAAAACACGGAUGAUUCCAAGAGAAGAGUUGUUUCGGUUUUCUCAUCAGGUCCCUUCAUAUUUGUUCACAGGCCAAGAAGCUCUAAAUACUCCAAAGGGUUGCUUGGAGCUCGAUCCUGCAGCUACUCCAUUGGAACUUCUUAAGGUAUUAACCGAAGCUCAAGUGAAAGAAAUGGAGGUGAUGACCGAAACAGUUCAGGAAACGAAAGUAGAAUCUGCUGGACAAGCCUUCAUCGAAGAAAACAAAAAUAAGAAACCCCAAAUGCUUGUUUAUGGUAGACGACAACGAAGAAAACGGGAAACGUAGGAAACAAUUUUGAAUGAAUAGAGAAAUUUAUCGAAGUGGAAAUUUACAAGGAUUCAACAAUUUUAUGUCCGAAUCCUUGGGAAGAAGAUACUGGCGAAUACGGAUUCGUUAAAUCGAAGGAUAUUGAAAGUCCAAGAAAGUCACAAUGUUCAUAGUCUUGUAUACAUACACAAUGGAAAUUGAGGAAGCUGGAAAUGAGUGGACAAUGAAACUCAGUUCAAAGCUAAUAGGGUCUUCUUCAAAAAACCGAGUUCAACUCAGGUAUAUAUAUAUCUAUACCAAUCUGAAGAAACGUCCUAAAGAUCAUAACAGCUUUUUUUUUUAUUUGAAAGGACUAAUUUUUUUUGCAACACCUGGUGAUGAAAUUUCAUCCAGGAGCUGCCUUUUCUUUGUUCUAAAGUUAAAAACCACAAAUUUUCCUUCAAAAUGUUUGCUUUUCUUGGAAAAGUUUAAAA